AUGUCCUGCGUGAGCUGUGCCUUGAGGGUGGCCACCCCCCGCUGCCUGCCAGCCCCCUGGAGAAGCCCCAGGCCCUUCAGCAGUGCCACAGGCCCCACAGCCAAGAAGAGUGUCCCCUACCAGAAGACACUGAAGGAGGAAGGCUCUGGUAGCAAGGAGCCCAGCCAGCCCCCACCCUCCUCAGCUGAGGUGGUGGUGGUGGGAGGGGGCAGCCUGGGCUGCCAGACCACCUACCACCUGGCCAAGCAGGGGGUCACCAACGUGGUGCUGCUGGAAAGGGACCGCCUGACCUCGGGGACCACUUGGCACACGGCUGGUCUGCUGUGGCAGCUGCGUCCCAGCGACGUGGAGGUGGAGCUGCUGGCACACACGCGGGAGGUGGUGAGCAGGGAGCUGCCGGCAGAGACAGGGCUGCACACCGGCUGGGUGCAGAACGGAGGCCUCUUCAUUGCCUCCAGCAAGCAGCGCCUGGAUGAGUACAAGAGGCUGAUGUCGCUGGGGAAGGUGUAUGGUGUGGAGUCCUACGUCCUGAGCCCAGCAGAGACCAAGGACCUGUACCCACUGAUGAACAUCAGUGACCUCUAUGGCACCCUGUACGUCCCCAAGGAUGGCACCAUGGACCCAGCUGGCACCUGCUCGACUCUGGCCAGGGCAGCAACUGCCAGAGGUGCCAAGAUCAUCGAGAACUGCCCUGUCACCGGCAUCCAGGUCAGGACUGAUGACUUUGGGGUGAGGAGGGUGUAUGCAGUGGAGACAGCCCAUGGCACCAUCCAGACCCCCUGUGUGGUGAACUGUGCAGGUGUGUGGGCACGAGCCCUGGGCAAGCUGGCUGGUGUGCAGGUGCCCCUGGUGGGGAUGCACCAUGCCUACGUGGUGACCGAGCGCAUCGAGGGCAUCCAGAACAUGCCCAACGUCCGCGAUCACGACGCCUCGGUCUAUCUCCGGCUCCAGGGAGAUGCCCUCUCCGUGGGUGGCUAUGAGUCAAACCCCAUCUUCUGGGAGGAGGUCUCUGAAAAUUUUGCUUUUGGCCUCUUUGACCUGAACUGGGAUGUUUUCAUGCAACACAUUGAAGGUGCCAUCAACAGAGUGCCAGUGCUGGAGCAGACAGGGAUCAAAUCCACUGUCUGUGGGCCAGAGUCAUUCACAGCUGAUCACAAGCCACUCAUGGGGGAAGCCCCAGAGCUCAGAGGCUUCUUCCUUGGCUGUGGCUUCAACAGUGCUGGGAUGAUGCUGGGAGGUGGCUGUGGGAAGGAGCUGGCUCACUGGAUCAUCCAUGGGCGGCCAGAGAAGGACAUGCAUGGCUAUGACAUCAGGAGGUUCCACCACUCCCUGACGGACAACCACCGCUGGAUCCGGGAGCGCAGCCACGAGUCCUACGCCAAGAACUACUCCGUGGUCUUCCCCCACGACGAGCCCCUGGCAGGACGCAACAUGAGGAAGGAUCCUCUGCAUGAGGAGCUGCUGCGGCAGGGCUGCGUCUUCCAGGAGCGGCACGGCUGGGAGCGGCCAGGCUGGUUCAGCCCCGGGGGGGCAGCCCCGGUGCUGGAUUAUGACUACUACGGUGCCUACGGGCAGGAGCGGCACAGGGACUACAGCUACAGCAGGCUGCUGGGGGAGGAGUACACCUUUGGCUUCCCCCCACACCAUGACAUUAUCAAGAAGGAAUGCCUGAGCUGCAGGAAUGCUCUGGCCCUCUUUGACAUGUCUUACUUUGGGAAAUUCUACCUGGUUGGGCCUGAAGCAACCAAAGCAGUGAACUGGCUCUUUACAGCUGAUGUGAGCAAGGCACCAGGCUCCACGGUGUACACCUGCAUGCUGAACAAGCAAGGUGGUGUGGAGAGUGACCUGACUGUCAGCAGGAUCAGCCCUGGGCACCCAGGCUCCCCCCUGGCCCCUGCCUUUGAAGGAGAUGGCUACUACCUGGCUAUUGGUGGGGCAGUGGCCCAGCACAACUGGUCACACAUCACCACUGUGCUGCAGGACAUGAAGCUCCAGUGCAGACUCCUGGACUGCUCAGAGGAGUUGGGCAUGAUGAGCAUCCAGGGCCCUCUGAGCCGAGUUGUCCUCCAAGAAGUGCUGGACACUGACCUCAGCAACGAAGCCUUCCCCUUCUCCACCCACAAGCUCACCACAGCUGCAGGCUGCACGGUCCGUGCCAUGAGGCUGUCCUUCGUGGGGGAGAUGGGCUGGGAGCUGCAUGUGCCCAGGGCAGACUGUGUGAAGGUUUACCAGGCGGUGAUGAGGGCAGGUGCCCAGCAUGGCAUCGCCAACGCCGGCUACAGAGCCAUCGACAGCCUCAGCACUGAGAAAGGGUACAGGCACUGGCACGCAGACCUGCGCCCCGACGACACCCCCCUGGAGGCAGGCCUGGCCUUCACCUGCAAGCUCAACUCCAGCAUCCCCUUCCUGGGCAGGGAGGCUCUGGAGGCUCAGAAAGCCAAAGGCAUCUUCCGCCGCCUCGUCUGCUUCACCACCGAGGAGAAGGUGCCAAUGUUUGGCCUGGAGGCAGUCUGGAGGGAUGGCAGAGUGGUUGGCCACAUCCGGAGGGCAGACUUCGGGUUCGCCAUCAACAAAACCAUCGCCUACGGCUACAUCCGAGACCCCGCGGGGGGCCCGGUCUCACUGGAUUUUGUGAAGAGUGGCAGCUACCAGCUGGAGAGGAUGGGGGAGACCUUCCCUGCCCAGGCACACACCAAGUCCCCGUUUGACCCAGACAACAAACGAGUCAAAGGCUUUUACUGA